CCGAUCUCUGCGGUGUGGCCUGGCCCGGGGCCCUACGCGUACAAGCUUCCGCUAGUUAUCAGGUACGGAUAGUUAUUGCCUCGGGCUGUACAACACAGGAUCUCGCAGGUGCAUAAUAAGUAGGUACUUGCACGCCCCUGGGACGCGUCGCGGAUCUUCGCCUCUCCACGAGUCACGACGGGAACCGAGACAGGGCGAAGAUGCCGUUCCAACACCGCCGGCCCGGGGUCCCAGCCCCAAGAAGAGCCCUCCUGAUUACUACCGUCUCGGUGGCGUCACUCUUCAUCCUCGCGCUCGUUGCCCUGGCCCAACUCGGAAAUGCGCAGUCGAAGGAAGGAAGGUUUGCGGCCAGGUUCGGCCAGGCCUCCGGACACGCAGAUAACUUGAACCCUCUCCUCUCCAAGGCCCGGGCUGCUGCAUCCGGCGACAAGUACCUCAUCGGCGUGGGCAAGGCCGAUAUUACGGGGCCCGUGGUCGAGAUCAACUUCGGCGGCUAUGCCAACACGGACCAGGUCGGGACCGGCCUGCGCCAGCGCAUGUACGCCCGAUCCUUCAUCGUCGGCGAGGUCGGCAACCCCAAGAACCGCUUCGUUUACGUCGUCAUCGAUGCCGUGUUUGGCGACACGGCGGUCCGGAACGGCAUCCUCGAGGGCGUGGCGGCGCUGGGGUCCGAUUACGCCGUGUACGGGCAGUCGAAUGUGGCCGUGACGGGCACGCACUCGCACAGCGGCCCAGGCGGCUGGUUCAACUAUCUCCUGCCGCAGGUCACCAGUCUCGGCUUCGACCGGCAAGGCUACCAGGCCAUCGUGAACGGCACUGUGCUGUCGAUCAAGAGAGCCCACGAAUCUCUCCAGGAGGGGUAUCUCGACUUCGGAACAACGCGCAUUCCGGACGCCAACAUCAACCGCAGUCCGUUCGCGUACCUUGCGAACCCGGAGUCGGAGAGGGCGCAGUACACCGACGACGUCGACAAGGACCUGACCCUGCUGCGGUUUCAGCGCGCGUCCGACGGGAAGAACAUCGGCGUGCUAACCUGGUUCCCCGUCCACGGAACGUCGAUGCUCGGCAACAACACGCACGUCAGCGGCGACAACAAGGGCCUGGCCGCCUAUCUGUUCGAGCAGUCGGUCAGGGGCAACAGCCAGGCGACCGACGGCUUUGUGGCCGGCUUCUCGCAGGCCAAUGUGGGCGACACGACGCCAAACGUGCUGGGUGCCUGGUGCGAUGACGGCUCGGGCCAGAUGUGCGACUUCGAGACCAGCACCUGCGCCGACGGCAAAUCGCAGUCUUGCCACGGGCGAGGGCCGUUUUUCCAGAAGCUCGAUCUGGGCGUCUCGAGCUGCUUCGAGAUCGGCCGGAGGCAGUUCUCUGGGGCCAAGAGGCUCUAUGAUUCGCUCGACUCCAAGUCAACCGCCGUUGUGGGUUCCAGUGUCCGGUCCUUCCACUACUUCCACGACAUGCGGUACUACACGUUCCCCCUGGACAACGGCACCAUGGUGCAGACCUGCCCGGCCGCCCUGGGGUAUUCCUUUGCAGCCGGCACCUCGGACUGGCCUGGUGCUUUCGACUUCACCCAGGGCGACAGCGGAGCGCCCAACAACCCGCUGUGGCAAGUCGUGUCGGGCUUGCUGCGGGUGCCCAGCGCCGAGCAGAAGAAGUGCCAGGGACCGAAGCCCAUCCUCCUGGACGUCGGCGAGAUGGAAACUCCCUACGCGUGGACACCCAACAUUGUCGACGUGCAGACCUUCCGGGUCGGCCAGUUCAUCAUCAUCGUCUCCCCCUCCGAAGCCACCACCAUGGCCGGCCGGCGCUGGCGCAACGCUGUGAAGGCUGCCGCGGCCGAGUCGUCUCUGACCGGCGUCCGCGAGCCCUUCGUGGUGCUCGGCGGGCCGGCCAACACAUACGCCCACUACGUCACCACGCCCGAGGAGUACGCCGUGCAGCGAUACGAGGGCGCGAGCACGCUGUACGGCCAGUGGGAGCUGCCGGCCUACAUCAACCUGACGCUGCGCGGCCUGCCGUCCCUGGCUCCCGCACCCAGCGGCGGCAGCCCGCCGCCGGGUCCUUCCCCGCCGGACAACCGCGACAAGAUGCUCAGCUUCAUCACGGGCGUCGUCCUGGACGCCGCGCCCAUCGGCAAGAGCUUCGGCGCGGUCACGCAGCAGCCUGCGGGCUCGUACGCGCGCGGCGCCUUCGUCAACGCCACUUUUGUCGGCGCCAACCCGCGCAACAAUCUCCGGCUGGAGGGCACCUUCGCGGCCGUCGAGAGGCUGGGCAGUGACGGGACCACCUGGGCGCAGGUGCUGAGUGAUGACGACUGGCGGCUGGUGUAUAGCUGGAAGAGGACCAACACGCUGCUGGGCUACAGCGAGGUGACCAUCUCUUGGGAGACGGAUGCGGACCGGGACGCGGCGGGCACGUAUCGCAUCCGGUAUUAUGGCGAUGCGAAGCCGCUGAUUGGGGAUAUCAAGCCGUUUACGGGGACGAGUAACUCGUUUACCUUGGCGUGAGCAUUACGGGUGUGGAUGCAAGUAUGUAAAUGCCAGUGUCUGCUUAUAAAUACUUAGUGAUCUAUGUGAUGGCUGCCCUGUUUUCGGACGUCUAAUGCAUACUACCUACUUUACAAACGUGAAGAACUAUUUCGGGG